AAGUGCUAUGGCCGACAACGACGGCAGCGGCGGCGGCUCUGACCAAGCGCCGAGUCCGCGGGGCUCCCCGGACUCGGCGCCGCAGGUCCCAAGCGCGGUCGGGCCGGGCAGCGGCGGCGGCGGCUGCGGGGAGACCCCGCGGACGGCGGCGCUGGCGCUGCGCUUCGACAAGCCCAUCAAGCAGGCCUUCUACAACACCGGGGCCGUGCUGUUCGUGUGCCUGUGCUGCGGCGCCGCCGUGCUCGUCUACUUCAUCCUGGAGGCCUUCCUGCGGCCGCUGCUCUGGGCCGUGCUGUGCGGCACCUUCCUGCACCCCUUCAAGAGCUCGCUCACGCGCCUGGGCCGCCACUGGCUGCAGCGCCUGCACCGCGCGCACACGCCCAUCGUGCUGGCCGCGCUGCUGCUGCCGCUCUGCUUCGCCGACUACGGCGUCGAGGCCCUGGGCGAGCAGGCGCUGCGCCGCCGCCGCUUGCUGCUGCUGCUCGGCGCCGGCGGCCCGCUGCUCUACGGCCUCUACAGCCUGGGCAGCUACCUGGGCGUGCAGGUGCUGCUGGCCUACGCCGGCGCGCUCAUCUGCCGCGGGCUGGACUACUUCAGCAGCCUGUGGAUCUGGACGUUGGUAGUUGGCUAUGUGUUGGCUGUUUCAUUCAAGUGGAAUGCAAGCACUGAACGCUACUUGAGAGCAGUUUCAAUUCCUGUCUGGAUUAUAUUGCUUUUUCAUUUAGCAUCCCUGGCUGGCUCAUGGAGAAUUCCAGUAUUCCUGGUCAUUGUUUUCCUGAUGUCUGUGGGCACCCUCUAUGAAAAACAGAAUGGAAAAGAGUCUUCUGGGGCAGAGUUACCAGGGCAGGUUAUCUCCAUGGCAGCUUCUACUCUAGCGACCUUGGCCAUCUCUAUCACGGGGUAUGAAUCGGGCACUGAAGACCAGCCCUCAGCCAAGCCUGCAGAAACCAUGGACAGAGGAGAACCCCCUCCAACCCUGUCCUCCUCUUCCUCACCCUCCUCCCCGUCGCCCACCCUGGGCAGACAAAGGCCUGAAAUCGGAACGUUUCUUAGAAAGAAGAAAACGAGCGACAUCUACUUUGUGUCUCUCGUUUGGGCCAUCAUUGGAGUCCAGAUCUGGUUGAACCUGUGGAUUGUGCAGCUGCUGCCGGUGCCCAUUGCAGUCUGGAUACUCAAAAAGCUCAUCAUUCACUUUGGAGUCGUGAACUUCCUGGAGAAGCGCUGCUCCGCGUGGUGGCGGGUGGUGGAGCGCUUCCUGAAGGAGCGGCAGGAAGCUCUAGCUCCAUGGCCGAUUAUCGGGCUUGGAAAAUUCUUGUUAAAAGUCGAUAGUAAGCUCUGGCACUGGCUAAAUAAGAAGAUGAUCAUCUGGUUGGAGAAGAUGUUAGACAAAAUAAUUAGCAUUUUCAUCAUAUUUCUGUUAGUGAUAGGAACCCUUCUUUUAGCCCUACUCCUGACUGCAAAGGUGCAUCAAGAGAGUGUACACAUGAUUGAAGUCACAAGCAAUUUGAUUAAUGAGACUCUAGCAAAUCACCCUGAGUGGGCAAAUUGGCUUCCUGAGGCUCAGGUAGUCCAAAGAGCCCUUAAUUCUGCGGCUAACAACGUCUAUCAGUAUGGACGAGAAUGGAUAACCCACAAGCUUCAUAAAAUUCUGGGAGAUAAGGUGAACAAUACUGCUGUAAUUGAAAAGCAAGUACUGGAACUUUGGGACAGACUGUAUCAUUCUUGGUUUGUAAAGAACGUAACGCAUUCUGGAAGGCACAAAGGACACAAGAUGCAUAUAAAUCGUCAGAACAGCUGGCUCGGAGACAUUCUGGACUGGCAGGAUAUCGCCUCCUUUGUUCAUGAGAACAUCGAGACAUUUCUUUCGAUCUUAGAGUCUCUGUGGAUUGUUAUGAGCCGGAAUGUCAGCCUGCUUUUCACUACUGUCACUACGCUCCUGACCAUCCUCUUCUACAGCGGGACUGCCCUUCUCAAUUUUGUGCUGUCUCUGAUAAUUUUCCUGACCACACUAUUUUAUCUGUUAAGUUCCAGUGAUGAGUACUACAAGCCAGUGAAGUGGGUGAUAAGCCUGACACCACUGUCUCAGCCAGGUCCUUCUUCUAAUAUUAUUGGCCAGUCUGUGGAAGAAGCUAUCAGAGGGGUGUUUGAUGCUUCCCUCAAAAUGGCUGGUUUCUACGGACUGUACACCUGGCUGACUCACACUAUAUUUGGCAUCAAUAUUGUCUUCAUACCCUCAGCUUUAGCAGCAAUCCUCGGGGCAGUGCCAUUUCUGGGAACGUACUGGGCAGCGAUACCUGCAGUUCUGGACCUGUGGCUUACACAAGGCUUAGGAUGCAAAGCCAUCUUACUGUUGGUUUUUCAUCUCUUGCCAACCUACUUUGUAGAUACUGCCAUCUACUCUGAUAUCUCAGGAGGUGGCCAUCCUUACUUGACGGGCUUGGCAGUGGCUGGCGGGGCAUACUACCUAGGCCUGGAGGGAGCGAUCAUCGGGCCCAUCCUUCUCUGCAUCCUUGUGGUGGCUUCCAAUAUCUACAGUGCCAUGCUAGUGAGUCCCACGAACUCAGUGCCCACGCCACACCAGACCCCGUGGCCUGCUCAGACCCAGCGGACUUUCCGUGACAUUUCUGAAGAUCUGAAAUCUUCGGUAGACUGACAUGGCUUCCACUGCAGUGGUUUCUCUAGGAAGUUCAACCUUGACCAUGAAUUCAGCUCAGCUGUGGCCUUCUGUCCUUUCAGCUGUGCCUGGCAAGCAGAGCCCAGGAAGAGCAGCAGCAGCAGCCUCCUGGCCUUCCAUACAGAAUGCCUGGACACGAGAGAGCUUGCUGUGGGCUGCUUUGCAUUUUAAAGCACCGCUUUAGAGCUCAGAAAUGUGGUUUGUUCACUGAACUGUUGCUAAGAUGGCUUGAAAAGUUUCAGUUUAUACACUGGUACCAUGGCUUGAAAUUUUCCCACUUUGGUUAUCUAUAUUAUUAUAUUGUGUAUUUAUAAAGUUAUUUUAAGAGCCUAAACUACCUGCUGUUAAAAUUGUAUAGAUGUCAUCUUCUCCUGCUUUAAGAAAUCUAUUUUUAAAGUUUUCUAUGACGGUCGCUUUUCGAUGAAGAGGGCUUUCACUUUUGAGUAUAUAGUUGCUUGAGCAGGAAAAAUGAGUCUUGUCCCCUUCUCACACAGUGUAUGGUCCUCCCUGUAAGAAAGAGCAGAUCUUAAGUGUAAGGGCGGGGUAGCUUAUGUGAAGUUGUUAGUUGUAUGUAGCAACCAUAGGACACACAGAAAGACUGACUCUCUUCCUCCCCUUUCUUCUCCCUCCAUCCCCCAUUACACUAUUGCCAAAUUUCUAAAACUUGACCCACCACAUUGAAGUUAACUACUUAUUAAGCUGCUAUUAAUGGUAACAGUAUGAUAGAAUUCAUGUUGUGAUGUUUUUCUUUCCAAAUGUUUUAACUGAAAAAAACCUCAGGUGCAGCAAUACUCUGAUCUGUUAAAUGUGUCCCUGUUUCAUUAUUUGGAAUUCUUCCGAUUAGUACUUAUUAGCAGUAGAAUUUUAUAUUCAUGUGGUAUUUUUCCAUCACUUAGCACAGUGCCUUGCACAUAACACUCUAGACAAAUGGUUGUUGAGUUCAGUUGUGACUUUUUAAAUAUCUCAGAUGUCACAGUAACCAGCAUAGUGCUUCACAUUUUACAGAGUCUUUUUGCACAUAUCAUUUCACAGCCACUUCCCAUCAGCUUUCAUAUAGCUUUGUAUUAUUUUCCAACAGUUUCACAAAGAUGGGGAAGCUAGGGUUCAGAAAAGUGACCAACUCAAAGACAGAAAGUUUAGUGAGAUUUGACUUCAAAUCUUUCUGACUCCAUAGUGUGCAAACUCUGCUAUACUGUAGUGCUCCUUCCAGUAUUUUAUGCAGUUUUUCCAGUGCUAUGAGACAGAAUAGGACACCUCGAACCCAGCUCUUAGUUCUGUGCCCUCUCCACUGUACAAAAUGAUCAUCAGGCUCUUUCUCUGCCCCCAAGGGAAUAUGGAGGAGAAAGCGUUCUUAAGUAUCAAAGAUUUCCCUUUUGGAAAACAUUUAAAAGUAGAAUCAUCUUUUCUAAAGCAUCUUCUCACCAAGAAGCAUAGUUAAUGAUAAUUACCUUAAAUUUAUUCUGAUAUUACACAUAAGAAAAACUCCAUCCAGAAAAGAGGCUGCCAUGACGUCUUCAUUCGUACAGUAGACUACAUGCAGAGCUCUUAUUUUUACUAUGAGUCCUUCAAAAAUUAUAGCCUGAUAUUCCACCAAGUGUUACAUUUGGCCACUAAGGAACUCAUUCUCUUCUUUAGUCCGUUGUUCUAUCAUUCAUUCAGUAAAACAUUUGUUGAGACUUUGCCAAACUCCAGGUUCCAUGCCAGGCACUGUCCAGGGUGCUGUAGGGGACAACUCAGAAGGUCUUCUCUCACCUUAAAUCUUAGCCAGAUCAUGUGUAUUGCUAAAAUUAAAAAUUUUGCAUUAAAAGACUUAAGAAAGAAAGCAGGUUUGUUUUUGGUAAUGGUAUACUGGUAAGUUUAUAGAUGUAAUUAGCACAUAUUUAUAAGAGGCAAACAUUAUACACAAUGAGUUAGUGUGCAUAUACAAAUUUUGUUCCUCCAAAGUGCUUUUAGCUGUAUAAAGUGAUGUUGCAAAACACUAGACUUGAGCUAAUGUAUGGCUGUUGCUGGUCAUAAUUACUAGUAUGAAUACCAGGUUCUUAGAGGGGAAGUCUGAGCUCUAAGAGAGUAGUUUAGAGCUGCCAAAAGUAGCAGUGGGGCAAUAUCACAGGAGCAGAGGUGCCCCAGAGUGCCAGACAGUCCUCACCAGGACCCUUGAACCUCCCCAGUCCUUCAGCAGCAGCAUAAGGACUUGAAAGUCAUCUAGCUGGGGGUGGUCUUCCUGGAACCCUCAAAGAUGGAGAGAAACAUGCCCGUCAGAUAUAGUGAGGAGGUUUUACAGGAUUGUCACAGGGCAUAGAGAUCAAAUGGUAUGAAAAGGUAGGAAGCUCAAGCUCAUGUCUCACAGAUGACUUACCCUCAGAUUCUCAGGAUUUGACCAGGAGUUUUUCUAGGAACAGACAGUGCAUUGGUGAAGUAGAAGGAGCCUCAGUAAAAACCACACGCGGAAUCCUCUCAGUGUCUGGCAUGGUAUGGCUUUGUUAGAGAUUAGUUUGGAGUGCACAUUCAUUAUUCAGCUGUAAACUAAUGGGGGAAUGGGAGAAGGAGAUGCAAGCUCUCCACACAGUGUGCUCCGCUCUUUUCUGAGAGAACAAGGUUUGGGAUUUUCAGCAUCGACUCCAUGUGACCCAAGUCCUGCUUCAGUUCCAAAGUUCCUGUCACACUCUGUUCCUGGAAGUGCUCUCUGUCAGACUGCCUUAGGUACCAGUCUUACUUAUUUUUAAAUUUGCAAGGAUUCUAACACCCUCUUCCAUUAGAGGUGGUUAGCUGGCAGAGUCCUUCCAUUAGAGGUGGUUAGCUGGCAGAGUCCUUCCAUUAGAGGUGGUUAGCUGGCAGAGUCCUUCCGUUAGAGGUGGUUAGCUGGCAGAGUUUUCCCUUGACUUCUGAGACUGGUGUCGAUUGAUUGUUGAUAAUGGGAGGAUACCCAAGAAGUGUUAUGGAGAUGCUGUAUUUAAACAAACUCAGUAGCUUUGGGAAUAGCAGCUAUAUAUUCCAGUUAAAGGGCAGCUAAAGGGCUUGCAGAUAAGGUGCUCUUGCUAACCUUGGUCUUCACACAAACCCAUCGUGACCCAUCAGGACUUUCCAGGACCUCCAGUUCCCACUUUGGUUGUGUUUAGCACUUCAGGAUGCGUCACUGCUGGACAAGAAAUACUCAGAAAUUUAGGCUGUGAGGGGUUAGAUUAGAGCCAAGUAAUUUUAGGUGAGCUAUCCAGAGCUUUCAACCUCAAGGUUUAUAGGAAGAACCCCUUCACAACUUGCCAUGCUCUGGUCCUGACUGGCAGUCUCCUCUAAGGGUCUGCCAAGACCCUUCCAAGAGGAUGACAGUAGGCAUUUCACAGUGGAAACAGCCUCUGGGAACGUCCUUCUAAAUGUGGAUUCCAGAUACCAGCUAAGAACAAGUACUUUUUGUUUUUAUUAAUUUCUCAUCUUUACACAUUUUGUCAUCAAAAUAUAUCCAUUUCAUUAACUUAUUGAGGACUUGAGAAAAUACACAUGCUAUCUGAAACCACUGAGCGGUUAUUUUUUGACAGUUUAAAAAUAAGAGAAUUGUAAAUCAAAAUAUUCCAUCUACUGGAGUCAUAGAAAUUCUCUGUUAGAAUGGGCCUUAUUUUAAUUAGGUGAUCCUGGCAUUUUUUAGAGAAGGAAACAAAUCCACAGGUUAAAGUGGCUUUUCUAAGACACACACAGCCAGUUAGUAACAGAAGUCAGAAUAAAAGACACUUCUUUUUCCCCCACAGUCCCUUGUUGUACUUCUCUUCCCUUUCCCUCAUAGUUGAGUAGCUUUUGGAAAAAUGUGUUCCUUAUAGCAGUAGUUCCGAGGGAUGUUAUUAGACGUUAUAAGAGAACAAAAGUGUGUGUGGAGGGAGGGAACUCCACGGUCAACUAAAACUGAGGAAUGCUGAGUUUGUUUCCUUCCUCUGGGAUUUCUAAGAGUUUUUAGUGUGCUAUUAUAUAUGGUGAAUUUAUAAGAGGGGACAAAGACUGUUUACUAGAGUAAUUUGACCUUAAACCACACUCCCAUCCUCCUCUUCUCAGAGCAUCACGUAGGACUGCUGGUCCUUUGGGAAACAUGGCUCUCGAGUAAGUUUACAGCUCUCCUAGAAGACAUCCCUAAUGGAAAUUCUGAGUGGUGAAUCUGCUACCAUGGUACCAUGUAAACUGUAAUGAAUCUCAAAGCUUAGAGAGGUACUAGAAAGAAAACAUAUUUGCUGUUCAGAGCUAUACAUAAAGUAUAGAGAUUCUUUUCCACCUAUGGUGUGUAAAAUCAGUAUUUGUGUUUAGUUUUGCAGGUUUUUCAAGGAUCACUUAAUGUGAAAAUACGGUGGUGAUAUACUGAUACUCCAUUUUAAUAAUGCUUUUGUAUGGCACUUUAUAGUUUUCAGACUGCUUUCACAACAACCCUGUGAGAUAGGCAGGUGUUAAGUAUUAUCAAAUGAGGCACUGGAGGCUCAGAAAGGUUUCUUUUGUGACUUCCCUUUAAUUUAUACCACAAAAUGAUGGAGCCAGAAUUCACGUGUAGAACUUCUGACUCCAGGUCCAGAGUUCUUUGCUCCACACCUGGUUUCCUCUUCUUCCUCUAGCUUUCUAUUUUAUAAUGAAAGAUGUGGAAGCAAAUCUUAAAGUAAAAUCAUUUGGCUUACUAUCAAAUACUAUAUAUAUUUUUUUUUAUUGCAGUGACCCAGAAAAUGUAACUCUUAUUAACACUAUCCCAAAGAAAACCCUUCUUUUGUGUUUUGUUGUGCUACUUGUUUAGGUGACUGGAGUGUAUUUUGAAUAUCAUUUGAUUUUGAAACCAAGAUUGGAUAUAUAGUUGUAAUUGCUUAUGUGACUUUCGGAAAAUGUAUCAUCUCUGCAUUCUCAGGCAAAGUAGAGAUGGUUUGAAAAUAAAAAAGAUUAUUCAAAUACAACAACACGUGUUCCUUAUUCUCACACAAAUGCUGUUUCUUAGCUUUAACUUGCUUUGACAACCUACUGAUGUAACUUCUUUGUAAAUGUAAAAUAUUUAUAUUUUGAAAUAAAAUUACUGGUGUU